GACUAGAUGACUACACUUGACAAUAUUGAUCAAGAACCAGAACAUGGAAGUGAUGAAUUAGUUUUGUCAGAAAAUAAAGAAAACAAGACUAGUGAUAAUCAUGAAACAGAUCAAUCCAUAGGACAUAUGCGUGAUGAAGCCUUAAGGCGUAAAGAACGUCUAAAGCAAUUACGUAUGAAAAAUGCAUCACAUAAAAGUAUUAUACACUUAAACAAUAGCGAUAAUGGAGAAUUACCCAAACCGAUAUUUCGAAAUUACAAACCACAGUCAGAAGAAUUAAAAGAUGGUGAAUUGCCUGCUGGUAAACCGGUAGAUCUGAACAAGCACAUCAUCGCACAACUGGAAGCUGCCGAUGCACCAGUUAUUGUUGAUGAAGUUAAUUUGGCAAGUCUUGCACCUCGUAAACCUGAUUGGGAUUUAAAAAGGGGUGUUGAGAAGAAAUUGCGUAAAUUAGAACGUCGAACUCAACGUGCUAUCGCUGAAUUAAUCCAUUUUUUUAUUGGACUUUUUAAUCGCAACACACAACUAAAAUGCAUGAUUUUACAUAAUCUGUCAACCUUUCAGGCGAAUAACGUUGAAUGAACUUGUUUGAUAAGUAAGCUGUACAAAUGCGAUUUAUCAUGUAAACAAAUUCAAAGUGAAUAACAUAUUCAGACCAGAUAGUUGAUGGAGUAUAAUUACGAUGUUUCAAAAUACAGUAAUGUAAUCACUGCUUUUUAUGUGUCAGUCCCCAUCACUUCACAUUAACAAUAUAAGAUAUACAAAAUAACAAUAAAUGCUUGAAUACAUGGAGAUAUGGUUUGUUGUUAAACUUAUCAAAAGGAAGUCAAUAACAAUAAUAAAAAAAAUUGGAAAGAGUGCGAAAUUGACGAAUUGUAAUUUGAUAAAUGAUUAGUUCCGUUAAAACGGGUCAGUAUCAAAGCAAAUUAUGCAAUACACAGUCACAUCUUGUAACUUAAUAAUUCUGAACAUCAGACUGUGAACCAUGGAGAAGUUAGGCACAUCUUCAUCAGUUGGGUACUUCCACAUUUGAAACUAAAAUACAAUAAUUAUAUUAUGAAAUUCGCUAUACUGGGUCAUUGUGUUCUAAUCAAUGAUUAACAAUUUAUUUGGUUGAACAAUUCCUAAUAAGUACAAAAUUGUUGACUGUUUGAAUCAUAUUAGAUGUAGUAAGCCUUAAAGUUAAUUAUGUUAAUCAAUGAGGUUUAGUUUCGCAAAAGUUUAUUAAUAACUGUAGAGCGAUUUAUAGAAACUGUUUUUAUGGUUUGAAUGACUGACUGAUCCUAGCUAGACCACUAUUCAGAACAGGGGAACAGUGAACAGCUGUUUCUUCCUAGUAUAGAACUCCUCUUAAGUACGAGACAACGAUCCCGCCGAGCAUUGAACCCAAUG